UAGUGGAGGAGAUCUGAGCAUCUCGUAGUCGUUUUGCCACCCUUCUUUGCCUUUUUAGCCGUUCCUUUUGCCAGCCCCUUACCUUUUCUCAGAAGGUUUGGAUAAAUGUGAGGCAAAAGUCAUAGGAUAGAUGAGAGAGCUCAGGAAGUCUUUAAUCCCGCAUCUCAUGCACUAUGACUGUCUAAUCUUCUGCUGUCUCCAGAUGACAGAGAAGCUUGUGGUCCUAGAUGCCUCCUGCUUUUAGACUGUGUGCCAGACCAACAGUAUUCAUGGUCCCCCUCGCAGUACUUCGAUGAGGACAGCUACUCCCCUCCACCCAGGAACAUGAAGGGUCUCUCCGGCGGCCGCCCUGCCCAGCUCCAGCUCACCUCCCCCACCUCUGCCCACACCUGCGGCCUGGCUGAUUGUGACCAUUCCCUGGACCACCUGCACCACCAUGUUGACUCACGGCCCCCUUCCUACCUCCUCAGCCCCACUGAGAGCUGCCCCCUUGACGGUCAUCACCGCUGCUCCCCACGGAGCUCCAUCCACUCCGAGUGCAUGGUGAUACCGAUGUCCAUGUCGGCCACUGACCACUCUAUCUCCAGUAGCACUUUCCCCCGCAUGCACUACGGCAGCGCUUCGCGGGACAGUGGCGGGAACGCCUCGGGUGGCAGGGAAUCUCGAGACAACGGCGGCUCGUCCUCGCACGGCGGCAGUGGCAAAAUGAACCGAAUCCCAGCAAACCUCCUGGACCAAUUUGAAAAACAGAUGCCACUGCACCGGGACGGCUUCCACACGCUGCAGUACCAGCGCACCUCCACCACGACCACGACUACAGAGCAACGCAACGAAAGCCCCGGGCGAAUACGCCACUUAGUCCACUCAGUACAGAAGCUUUUCACAAAGUCACACUCCCUGGAGGGCUCCUCCAAGAUGAACGGCACCAAAGGUGACUCGCACAGGGAAAGCUCGCACCACCACCAUCACCACCACCAAGGCCACCACAAACACAGCAAACGCAGCAAGAGCAAAGAGCGCAAGUCCGACAGCAGCAAGCAGCGCUCGGGAGGUUGGUGGAGUUCAGAUGACAACCUUGACAGCGACAGCACAUACAGAACGCCGAGCGUCAUGUCACGGCAUCCGGUCGACCACAUCAGCCACUGUUACCCCGAGUCUGUGCACGGCCACAUGGUGGGAGAUCUGUCGCUAAAGACCUCCAAAAGCAACAACGACGUGAAGUGCUCAGCCUGCGAAAGCAUAGCGAUGGCACCAGAGGGCAAGUUCAUGAAGAGAAGCUCCUGGUCAACGCUGACAGUUAGCCAGGCCAAGGAGGCCUACAGGAAGUCCUCACUCAACUUGGAAAAGCCAAUGAUGCCCACGGAUCUCAAGCCCAACCUCAGGCCCUGCCACUAUCUGCAGGUGCCCCAGGAUGAGUGGGGGGGUUAUCCUGGAGGUGGGAAGGACGAUGAGAUACCUUGCCGUCGGAUGCGGAGCAGCAGCUAUGUUAAAGCCAUGGGGGACGAGGAGAGCGGCGAGUCAGACUCCAGCCCCAAGACGUCGCCUCAGAAGUCAGUGCGGCCAGACGCCCUGGUCAAGGCCAUCAUCAGACCCAGGGAUCUGCUGGACUCCCAGAGCUCUUACCGCCUGGAUAAAAUCAACAGUGACAUGCGUAACUACAUCACCAAUUUUGCUGCAGACUUGAGUCAGAGCUACCACUUGCAAGCCACCAGGGAUAUGCACCCAAGCAUUGCCCUGGAUCCCUCCACCAACUACAACUCACCCAAGUUUCGCUCCAGGAAUCAAAGCUAUAUGCGGGCUGUCAGCACCCUCAGUCAGGCUAGCUGUGUUAGCCAAGUGAGCCAGGUGAGUGAAACAGAAAUUAACGGCCAGUUUGAGUCUGUGUGCGAGUCUGUGUUCAGCGAGGUGGAAUCCCAGGCCAUGGACGCUUUGGACCUGCCCGGCUGCUUCCGAACCCGGAGCCACAGCUACCUGCGAGCCAUCCAGGCUGGCUACUCCCAAGAUGACGACUGCAUUCCCCCCAUGGCCUCCACCGUCACCUCCACCAUCAGGUCCACCACAGGGAUCCAGUUCUGCCUCCCCUCCACCUGCAGCAUUGAUUGGACACCCCAACAAACCCCAGCCAUCACCUACACACCUAGCUAUAAGAAGACCCCUCCUCCAGUCCCGCCACGCACCACCUCCAAACCGCUCAUCUCCAUCACGGCCCAGAGUAGCACCGAGUCCACCCAGGACGCCUACCACGAGGGGAGGCACCCUCACGGUGGGAUGUGGGCGUCCGACGGCAUCAGCUUGGGGUUGAACCCGGGCAGAGGCCUCUACAACUCCAACGACAGCCUGGAUAGCGCUAAAGCUGUUACUAUAGCGAUGGAGGCGGCCAGAGUCAUGGCUGGAAAAAGACACCCGUCCACAGACUCUCACAGCUCAGUGCUCACCUGCGAUAAGGCCAUCCUCGUGUCAAAGGCCGAGGAGUACUUGAAAACACCUCGAUCAUCUAUAGGGAUACAGGUGGAAGCAGCCACGGACUCUGAAUCUGAAAGCAAAGGCUCACGGGAGUACCAUUCUGUUGGGAUCCAGGUAGAGGAUGAAAAGAAAGGACAGGGAAGGUUCAAACGCUCCAACAGCGUGACUGCAGCUGUGCAGGCCGACCUGGAGUUGGAGGGCUUUCCCACCAUGGAGGACAAGGGCCUGCAGUUUGGUGGGGGAUUCCAGCGUCACUCAGAGCCCAGCACACCUACCCAGUACGGGGCAGUGCGGACCGUGCGCACCCAGGGGCUCUUCAGCUACCGGGAGGAUUAUCGUACCCCUGCUGAACCCCCCAGUCCCCGGGAGACCACCAGCGAAACCAACUGGCAGCUAGAACCCCCCUCCCCGCGGGAGAACGCAGCUUCGCCGGGCGAGUCGGGGAGGGCGUCCCCUUCCCUGCGGAGGGACGGGAGCUGGUUCAUGCAGUUGCUGCACAAUGAAACAAAGAGGAUGGAGGGCUGGUGUAAGGAGAUGGAGGCAGAAGCUGAAGAGAAUGACCUGUCAGAGGAGAUUCUAGGGAAAAUCCGAAGUGCAGUGGGAAGCGCUCAGCUGCUCAUGUCUCAGAAAUUCCAGCAAUUCUACUGGCUGUGUCAGCAAAACCUGGACCCCAGUGCCAUGCCGCGACCCACCUCUCAGGACCUGGCUGGGUUCUGGGACCUGCUGCAGCUCUCCAUCGAUGACGUCACCAUGAAAUUUGACCAGCUGCAGCAGAUCAAGAACAACAACUGGAGGCCUGUAGAUAGCCCAGAGAAGAAGGCACCAGCUCCCGUACCAAAGAAGACAAUUCGACAGAAGAGUGCAAUGACGAGGGAGAAAUCCCUGGACCUCCCAGAUAGGCACCGGCAGGAAGCCCGCCGACGGCUCAUGGCAGCCAAGCGGGCGGCCUCUUUCCGGCAGAACUCAGCCUCGGAGCGAGCGGACAGCAUCGAGAUCUAUAUUCCAGAGGCUCAGACUAGACUUUGAGAGGAUCGGGUCAGGGGCUAACAUGUCUCCCUAUUUCAAACAAAACUUUAAAACUAGCCUUUUUCUAGACUGCUAAUCUCUCUACUCUUCCUUUGUCCAUCUGUCGUCUGAUCUCGAUAGCCAUCCUCAGUGCCCAUCGCCAAAACCCCACCGGACUGUAGGAUGCGCCAAGGCUAUACUCCCGCAUCCAGAGCGAGUGUUAGCAGAAAUGUAUGUCUGACAUGAGUCGCUUGGGUUUCUCCUUAGCUCACUCUCAUGACACCCGACCUACAAGCUCUCUCAUCCAGUGUCCUGGAUGGGUACAUCUGUAGUUUUUCAGCAUUUGCAAAGUGCCAUUUAAAAAGUGCAGCUUUGAGAACCUACCAGCAACCAGGCCUUUGAGCUAAAAGAGUAAAUGAGAGAUAUAUUUAUUUCAAGUUGUUCAAAAACGGUUAAAGUUAGUAGCCCUUCGAUACUUUUUGAUCAUUUGAAAAUUAUCUUAUGAUUUCUUUUCUUUUGGGGAAUAAGAAGCUAAGUAUCACUAAAUUGUUGUAAGUUCAAGUCUUUGCAAAGUGCCAAUGCUUGAAAUACCUCAACUGUGUGCAUGUGGCACUGGUUACACAUUCAAGGUUAUUCAGGCAGCCCUAAAUAAGCUCUGGACUGGUCAGUGUUGAAAAAUGCAGCUUUCUACCCAAUCUGGUUGUAGUCAAACAUUCUUCAUGGUCUGGAUUGGUGGAAGAAUGACAUCAGCUCAUCAACGCGCACAUUUCAAACAUCUUUCCUAUAUAUCUCAUGUACCCGUUGCCAACUUUCAGAUAUCGACAUUUACUUGAAGCUGAAAAGAUGCAAGUCUUGUGCCAACACGUUCAUCAUGUCAAUGCAGUAGAAGCCAGUAUGAAAGUGUCUGUAACUCCUUAGAUUGAAAUGUGUAGACAAAUGCACUUAUGCACUUAUUACAGUUCUCUGUAUUUCCAAGGGAAAUGUACAUACCCCAGUUCACAAUAGUACUGUUGUAUUUUUGAAUUGUGAGUGGGAUGAAUAUUCAUCGUGUUUUCCCCCCUUCGUCUCCACUGUUUUCCGCCCUUUCUUUUGCUCUUGACUUCUCUGGAUUUGUUGCAUACAUGCAGUCAUUUUGAUCGCACACACACUCGACGCCGCACGGCCGUCUUUUCAUCCGACAUGCUUCUGUCAGGCCCUUUCAAGUUGCACCCUCAGCCACAGUUAAUGAGGAGUGAUGGAGAGAAAAAUGUCAAAACAUAAACAAAAUAUCUGCAUACUCGCUUCUUUAAUCUAUGAAGUACUUUGUAAUUUUUCCCAUUUCUUGAAAAGUUCAGCGUAGUUUGAAGUCUCCCUGUGGCUGACACCCUUUAGGAAAAGAUGGGGAAUAAUGAAAUGAAAGUGGGGCAAAGGCUUUUCCAGAGGGAUGCAAGCAGCUAAAACUCUGCAAGAGCCCUGCUGAACAGAAAGAACGGGCUGUGCACACCGAUGCCAAUUUUAAGUAGUGAAUGGAGAUUUGCACAAUCCUAAAUUCCACACAAACAAAAGCUAAAGAUCACCUACAUCUAUAUAUGCAACUGUUACAGAGGUCUGGGGUUUUCAAAGUGUGGUUCAGGGACCUCCAGGGGUCCACGACUCAAAAUAGUUUGCUGUCAAUCUGUAUGGGCGCAAUACACACCAAUAAAACUAUUGUAAUCAGUGAAGGAAUAGCUGGUUUGAUCCAAUCCUGGUCCGUGAUUGUGUUCCUCAUAAAUUCAUUCUGAGCAAAAUGCUAAAAUUCUGCUGCUUAAUUAUGAAACUUUGGUGCCAGUGAUUUCGACGUUCGCUCCACUGUGUUGCUGAUGUCGCUGUCAAAUCAUUGACCUAAAGACUGAAGUCUAUUAGUAAAACCUUUGGGAUAAUCAACCCACUAAAUGGUGCUGCUUUUUAUUUAAUCAGUACAGUACUAGACAAAUAAUCAAGUCGAAAUAAUGCGCUGUCCACUGAACGGUACAUCACUUUAAAAAUCUAUUUUUAUGACUAAUUGUGCCCGAGUGCCUGGCUUCAUUAUGGGUGGGUUCAGGGAUAUGAAUCAUAUGAUAGCAGUAAAAAAACAAAGUCCCUGGAUUUGAAUAGUGUGUGUGUGUGUGUGUGUGUGUGUGUGUGUGUGUGUGUGUGUGUGUGUGUGUGUGUGUGUGUUGCUGAUGUGUGAGCGUGGAUCUUGUUUUUGUAGCACAAUGCUGACUCUAAGUGAAUCUAAGGUCUGCGCUUCAUUUUCCUAUUACUACCCAGCUGUGGCCUGACCUCCAUCGCCCCCCGCACCCCCACACAGACAUACACGCCAUCGCCGUGCCAUCAGCUGUUUGAUAAAUUGUAUUUCAGAUACCUUGAUUUACUUUUUGCUGCUGCGAAUUGUACUUUUGAGUAAACGCAGUAUUUUUUGAACCAUGCGCAUCCUUGAAGACAUAAACUCCGAGCAUACGUGGGAUUCACACUUGUUUUCAAGCUACCGUGUAUGACACAUUCCUUAUCUGUCAAACCUCUUGUAGCAAACCUCAGACAACACAUUAUAGAGAGUCCGACAAAAUGACCAGGUAACCAAAGUCUGCGAUGGAGUGACAGCGUUUCAAUAAUGAAACAAAAGAACACGGCUAGCUCGAAUUCUGUUGGGUUUUUCAUUGCAGAGGCAGGGAGCUUUAAUAGUGAGACAGUGGGUAUCUGGAAAGCGUCUGGGCGUGCGAUGCCAGGCAGUUGGCAGAGCGGGGACGUUCCCCUGCUGUUGCCACAGUGGCAGACAGACGGCAGAGAGACAGACUCGGGUUGACAUAUGCUGGCUUAGAGGAGACGAGAGCUCGGCGCUGAGGCCCAAACUGCUGGUGCUGUGUGCUGUUCUGUAGCUGGAAGGCUGUUCAUGUGAGGAUCGCUAGCUGCUGCGCUGGGUCAUUUUUAGCCUCUCUUUGACUAAGCAAAGCAGCUUAUGUAAGAUUUUGGGUCCUUGGUGAGAUCAAGCAAACUGCCUCUAAGGCCCUUCAAAGCUUGUGUUGAUAAAUGUAUUGCUGAAUUGUGGCCUGCACUGUAGAACUUAAGCAUCAGCACUACAUGUUUCUGCUGGGCUGAGGCUGAAACGACUGAGGAGUUUCUCCCUUAUGUAUCUUGAGCAGGGCCGUGAAAAACGUAGUAUAACCGCCACCUGAUUCAGUUUCAAGCAUUUCAUUUGCACCUUUAAGACGCAUCGCAUAAUUUGCGAGGAGGCCUUUUUUUCUAGUCGGACCUUGAAGGCAGCAGGGGAGAUGGAAAAGGGCAAUAAGGAGACGAGUGUGAGUAAAUUUACAGAUGCAUUUAGAGAUAAGAACUGUGCAGAAAUCAUCACUCCCUUAUCACCCCAGAGACUCUCCCUUAGUGGCAGUUUCUACAACGUGAGCCAGACCUCGUUGCUCUGACGGCUGGGUUUUGUCUCCCAGUGAAAAUCGUUUUCCAUCGAUGACACCUUUUCUUUUGAGGUGUGAACGCAUUCUCACAUGAACUCUUUUUCACAGAGCGAUCUUGUAUUCCCUCGAAGCCGAUUGUAGCGCUUAUUCUGCGCCGAGUCCUUCUGGAUGACGCGCGGCAUGAAUCCGAUACUGUGAGCGCCAAGGGAGUCUUCUUUUGAGGAUGCAGUUGCAGCGCUUUCCUUUAGGUGGCCCGCAGAAACCUCGUGUGAACCCCGAGCGUAGAAAAUUUCAACAAUGCUGUAUUCAGUGCCAGGAGGGCAGCGGCCAACUGCAAGUGCAAUGUCUUUGACUUAUCCAGCAAACUGUAAAGUUCUUACUGCACAUUAGUUUUACGUAAUCAAACCAUGACUGCCGUCGCCGACCGUGUCCCAUCUCCAAACAUGCCGUUUGAGCUUGUAUCUACACAUUCUGUGGCCUCACUUCUGGUACGACUGUCUAUGCGCUUUAAACUCUAGAACCCAUGACGUGAACUAUUUCAAGGGGACUUUUUGGUAAUCGUGCCAUGGAAAGAAACACACUGAUACAACACUUCCUAGAAGUUGGAAUGUGAAACAACUCUAUAAUUACUAGACAAAAUGAAAAAAGGUAGUUGUUUAGCUAAAACUAUUUUCAUCUCUUGUAUAUCAUAUCUAUAGGAAGGAUGAAUAUAAUGCCAAAUAUUCAUUAUUUGUAAAGAAAUAUAUAUAUAGAUAUAUAAAUAUAAAAUAUAUGCUUCAUUGAAACACAACUAUUUUCUGCACUUGCUCAUGUUUUGCUGUUAUUCUCACUUUGUUAUGGUUCCUUUCUAAGCUGAUAUGAUGGCAUGCAAAAAAACUGAUUUUGAAUGUAGGCUUAUUUAUUCUUUUUUGUUUUUGUUAAGAAUUAUGACACUGUCACACUGAUGUACAUUUGUUAUGUAUUUAUUUAAGUCUGCCACACGUGCAUCUCUCAAGGCGUGUUCUUUCAGUGCAAGUUACCUUAUUGUUAAUUUAUUUUGUAUUAUUAUACCAUAUGCAUUUUCCUCCAUUCUUUCAGAGCUGUUGGGAGAUUUUGCCUAUUUGAGUCGUUGAUCAUUGCUUAGU